UUAAUACGAGAUAAUAAAACUGAGCAGAUGUUGGAAUUGUCAUAAAUAGUGUAAUCAAUCUAUUGGCGUUGAAAAUAUAGCAAUGCAGAUUGCUGUUGCAUAAUUUUUUCGGUUUUACAAUAUAACCUUAAAAAUGUUCAUGUAUAAAGACAAAUUGUGGUUAUGCCAACAAUCGCAAUUAGUUCUUUUGACAUUAACAACAAUAAUCGGCAUUGCUGCCUCUUCAUUCCUGAAUGCAACUUCCAAAAACUGUGGCAAAAGUAUCGCUGCAUCAGACUCUCAUGAUCGCAUAGUAGGUGGAACUGAUGCAGUUCCAGGGGAAUUUCCUUGGAUGGUGUCGUUGAGAGAACUUGAUGAAUUUGGAUUUGAACAUGUUUGUGGGGCUGCAAUACUGAAUGAAAACUGGAUCGUAACAGCGGCUCAUUGUUUAGACUAUCCUAUUGCAAGGAGGUACGAAGUUUUAGUCGGACUUCAUAAAUUAUCUAGAGAAAGAGAUUCCACAGUCAAAAAAUACAAAAUUUCCAAACUUGUAAUUCAUGAUAAAUAUGAUGAUGAUACUUUUAACAAUGAUAUAGCCUUACUGAAAACGAAAGAACCAAUUGAUAUUUCAGGAUCUAAAGGAUAUAUAAAUACUAUUUGCCUGCCGAAAAACAAAGAUGAUCCAACAGGUUAUGCAACAGUGAUUGGAUGGGGACAUACUAGAGAAAAUGGCAAAAAUUCAGACACGUUGAAGAAAGUAUUAGUUCCUCUAAUUGACCGUGACUUGUGUAAGAGUGCCUAUGAUGAUGAUCCUUAUGAUAAUAUAGAUGAAGUGACGGAAACAAUGAUUUGCGCGGGUAUAACAGGAAAAGAUUCUUGUCAGAAUGAUUCUGGUGGACCACUGAUUCAAACAGAUAAAAAUGGAGUAUCAACUCUUAUUGGUGUAGUGUCUCAUGGUGCAGGAUGUGGCUUGAAAUUUUAUCCUGGAGUAUAUACAAAAAUAUCUAUGUAUCAAAAUUGGAUGAGUAAAGUAAUGUAUUAGGUGAA